AUGACCUACAAGACAUUCAGCUUCCCACAAUUCCCUGAUUAUACCGUAUUUGUUGGAUACUAUACAGACAUAACGCCGGAUACAUUGAAAGUGGUCAAAAAUGAAUUAGUCUCAGGAAACCAGACCUAUAAUUACUGCUUCGUUAACACGGCUCAUCUCAUUUCAGUCGAUCAACUUUAUUGCAGUCUACAUCGUUCUAUCCAGAACCAUGUUUUCGGUAGAAUGAAGGCCAAGACGCUCAAUACGGAAAUUUUGUAUAAUCUUUCACCCACAAACAACAUCAACGAGGCAUUGAAAAGGUUUGGUGUUGAUGAGAGUCGUCCGGACAUCAUUGUCAUAAAGGUAGCACAGAACUCGGAGGACGACUUGCUGAGUUACAAUGCUGGCAUUGAAGAGCUUCUAAGUGCAAGCUCAACGACGGAGCUCGAAGAUUCCGUUUUGGCUAACAGAGUGGAUCUCAGAAAGUUCUUGAAGUUGUUCAAGAUUCAACAGAGUAACGAGGACUUGCAAAAAGCCCAGCUGCAAUACACAAGUGAAGCGGUUGCGGCUAGUCUAUUGAGGGGUUGUUGA